AUGUAUCCAACCUACUAUUUAACAAACAUGAUCAAUUUUCAACUGAUUCACAUACUUAUUUUUUUUAUAAACUAUGCAUCUACAACAUCAUUAUCUUCGUACAGAAAAAAUAAAGAUUCUCAGGAAUUAUUAUUAUUAUAUCCACCAGAUUCGGCCAGACGAUAUGCACAUAUAAAUCGUGGAAGUUAUUUCGGUUAUUCCAUAGCAACAUACAUAGGCCAGUCACAACCAUCAUGCUUAGUUGGAGCGCCAAAGGCAAGUCAUAGUAGUACAAAUGAGUCGACAGGUGUUGUUUAUCGUCUUGAUAUGGAUCUUACCUUUCCAUAUUGUUCAGUUGUACCGAUUGCAACCACAGAUGAAUUAAGAAAAGAAGUUGGCACACCAACACCUGGAGUUUCCCAUUGGCUAGGUGGAACUGUGGCCGCUGCAAACAAUGCUGUUGAUGGAAUUCAACUUGGUUGUGAUUUUCGUUACUUAUUCAACUCAGAUUUGAUACAUGAAAUUUCUAAUGAUCCAGUAAAUCGUUUCAAAUCGUCAAUAAAGUCAAAAAGUUCACUGGGAAUAGGAAAUUGUGCCUUAUACACUGGAACAUCUAUGCAGUAUGUAUCUGUGGAUCCGUGUAAUAGUCAAGAAGAAGGCGCUUGUCUUGCUGGAUUCAGUGCUGAUGUUCAAGCAGGUAAUCGAACUGGUGAAGCAUUUAUCGCACUUGGGAUGCCUGGAAGUUAUCUGACAGAGGGCAAUAUCUUUCUAGGCCGUUAUCAUGGUCGUGAGUUAAUCAAUGCGAUUCGACUGAAAAGUUCUUCACAUGAUUUAAAGCAUAAGGGUUUCGGUUUAGGCUAUGCUGUAGCUUUAGCUAAACUGAAUAACAACAAUGAAAAAUUUACAGGGCAACCACCACCACCACCAUCACAACAGCACCAAGAAGAUCAACAACACCAUUUUCAGUCUCAUAUCAAUAUACUUGCAUCGAGUCCAAUGUGGAUUGAUAAUGACUAUCGUGGCAUUAUAAUGAUAUUGAAUCAAGCUAUGGAUUUAGGAGGGAUCACAUAUUUGAAAGAUAAAUGGGGUCACGUUGGCAGUUAUUUCGGUUAUAGCCUUGCAGUUGCCGAUCUUGAUGGAAAUGGUUUGGGUGAUAUAAUCGUCGGUGCACCCUACUUCACUAGACACCAAAAUCAAGAAACAAUGCAAGAGUCUAUUAACACAGUUGGAUAUGAUCAAAAUCAAGGUACUCAGUGGUCGAAUUUGUUACCGGACAUUGGAAGAGUUUACAUAUUUUAUGGCGCCUAUUCAAACUCUUCAACUUCAUUAGGUGAAUCUAAGUUAAGAUCUGAUAUUCCAGAUUAUUUCAGUCGAGAUCCAGUUAUCUUAGAAGGACCAAAGUCUCCUAAAGGUCGAUUUGGUCAUGCUAUUUCAAACAUUGGUGAUGUUGACAGUGAUGGCAGCGAAGAUCUAGCUAUCAGUUGUCCAUAUUGCUCUGAUCCUAAUGGUGAAGUUGACAGGGGAGUUGUGUUCAUUUACUUAGGCAAGAAAGAUUUGAUCCUGGAUACAGAACCAUUUCAGAGUAUAUGGCCUGCUGAUAUUCCUAAAGUAUCUCCGGUAACAGUUUGCGAUCUGGAUGGAAACAAUGCACCUGAUCUUGUGAUUGGUGAUUAUGAAAGUGAUCAGGUUGUGAUGCUUCGUGCACGUAAUACUUUAUGGUUUGAUACACCUGAAUGGGAACUGCCUACACAACCUACAUUAUCAUGGCUAAGUACAGAUAGUUUAACUUGUGAUCAUGAGUGUACCUUUCCAAUUCAGCUAUCUGUCAAAAUCAAUGGUAAUCAACAACUUUUAAAGCAAAUAAAAGAUUGGCAACUACGAUUAAUUAUCGAUUUAGAUUCAGAUGUUGAACAUCCUGAUGAUAAACGUCUCACAAUACGAUCAUUUCGAAGACAAAUGUCUGACCAUUCAACAUCUACAGGUGUUAUUGAUACUCUAGUGGAUUUGAAAGCAAAUGAAUUUCAAGAAGAUGGUAGUUAUCGAAUAGUUUUAUUUGAUUUUAUUGUUGAACCAAUAUCAUCUAAAGUCAAUCCACUUUUAUGGAAACCUCUACGUAUCAAUGUAACAUUAAGUUCAGUACUUGAUCAAAUGUCUUUUGUUGAGCACAAAGCAUUAUCGUCAUGGACAUUACAUCCUUUCUUAGGUAGUCAAUAUUUUCUCAGUCGUUCAAUGCAAUUUGCAAAUCCAGCCUGUGGAAUAGAUAAUAUUUGUCGACCUGAUUUACAAGUACAAAUAAUAGAUGUUUCAGAAGGUCCAACUGAUAAAUCGAUAAUUUAUUUCAGAGAACGUGUUACUCAAAGAAAUAUUACUGUAUUUGUUGGGAAUUUAGGUGAGAAUGCAUAUUCAACUCAAUUACGCAUGACAUUUCCCGAUCAGUUGAGUUUUAGUAUACAAGAAGGAUUGAUAUGUCAGAUUAUAACAUUGAUUGAAAUUAGACAAACACAGUUAUUGUGUAAUUUGGGUGACCCAUUAGGGUAUACAGGAAAUGUAGAUGUAUACUCAUUCACAUUUCAAAUUAAUACCGCUGGAGCAUUUCGGCAGUUGGAUGAACCGUUAAAUGAUCAACCAGAAAAUGUGUCAUUAAAUCAUCAUCAUAAACAACAACAGUCUAAUGAUGUUGACAGAGAAGACGAUAUGAGAGAUUCACAAACAAGUCCAGACGAAGAACAAACUAGACAAAUAAGUGAUUUCAGUACAUCUCUACCGUCAUCAUCAUCAUCAGUGUGGAGAGAAAACCAUUAUGAAUUAAACUCAUUGCCUUUCUACAAACCAUAUGACCAUCAUUAUAAUAAAAGAAUGAAGCGUAGUACUCCAUCAAUUCCUAAAGAAGUGACAAUAACAGCUGAAGUCCUUAGCGGGAAUGCUGAUAUCAAUGUAGAUAACAAUAUAGCCAGUAUCACCUACAAAUUGAAAUUGGCAGCAAAGGUUGAAUUAUCAUCAUCUGCGUUGGAUCGUACAAUUAUAGACUUUCGAAAUUUCUCUGUACAACCAUAUGAAAUGCAAAGAAUACACCCUGAAACUAUAGGUCCAGAGUUGAAACAUGUUUAUCUUGUCACAAAUGCUGGUCCAUCACCACUUGAAAGCUUCUGGGUGAAUUUAACAAUUCCUCUUCAGACAAGAGAAGGUGAACAUUUAGUUUAUCUACUCGAUCGGCUUAGAUAUCAAGCAGAAGAUGGUGGACCACCACGAUUUGAAAAUAUGUCACCAGAUGUUAUCAGUGCAGAAGGUCAUAUACGUGGAUACUGUAUUACACCUGAAUGGGCUCUAAAUCCUCUCCGCUUAAAUGCUGUUCAUCGUAGUCGGACUGAAGAGUUCAUCAAGUCACAAAUGUUAAGAAGAAGUUUCAGAUUUAGACGUUCAGUGAAAUGGAGGGCAACACAGAAAUUAUCCAUGAUGGAUAAUAAAGAAAAUGAAAAUAUUGAUCAUCACACAGAAAUAAAAGAUACAGUUAGAACAACCAGAUCAAUUUUACAUGGUAUUCGAAAGCGUCAACAAGAAAUUGUGAAAUGUGGAGAGAAAUUCUCUGAUUUGGGUUAUCCAGUUUGUGCAAUUAUAUCAUGUCGUGUGAAUGGAUUAUCUCGUGGUGAUGCUGUUCGUAUUGUUUUACGUGGAUGGAUAUGGGCUGAUACAUAUUUUCGUUAUAAAAUAUCUGACUUUGCAAUUGUCAGUGAAGCAAAUGCACAACUUGAAGAAACUGCUUUUGGCAUUAAAAUUGACAGUAAUUUGACUGUACAACCAUUAGCGAUAUCACAAAAUUUUGUAUUUGAAGGUAUCAAUGUUUCACUAUUUCGUGAAAUACCAUUAUGGCCAUUUAUACUUGGUAGUAUUUUAGGCUUAGCAUUACUUGCACUGUUAAUAUUUACAAUGUGGAGAUGUGGCUUCUUUCAUAGGAAACAAAUUUAUGAUAAUCAUCUUCAACAAUAUCCCCAUGCUAAUAAUACCAAUAAUAAUGGUAAUACUAUCAAUCCAUUAUUUAUUGAACCAAAGAAAGUUUAG